AUGCAGGUAGCUGAGGGUGCUCCAGCACACGGCGCGGUAGCGCAUCUGCUACCGCAAACGUACAAGAGGCUUGUGUCGGAAUGGCUCGAGGAGGACACGCCGAGCUUCGAUUAUGGUGGGUUCGUGGUUGGGGAGGAGGUGUCAGAGGCGAAGCUACUGGGUAAGAGUGAGGGCAUAGUAGCCGGCGUGCCAUUUUUCGAUGAAGUGUUCCGUCAACUAGGUUGCACUGUAGAAUGGCACGUCAAAGAAGGCACAUCCUUCCAGCCCAUUACUCACUGCGCCACAGUCCGUGGCCCAGUCCGCCACCUUCUUCUCGGCGAGCGCGUAGCACUCAAUACGCUCGCCCGCUGCUCCGGCAUCGCUACCAAGAGUCAUCGCCUACUGACCCUUUUACGUGGCGCGGGAUACCCCAAUAUUCUUGCUGGAACCCGCAAAACCACGCCUGGGUUCCGCCUCGUGGAGAAGUAUGGCAUGCUGGUUGGUGGCGUGGACGCACACCGUGUUGAUCUGAGCGCCAUGACGAUGCUAAAGGAUAACCAUAUUGUCGCUGCAGGAAGCAUUACCAACGCUGUGAAAGCUGCCAAGGCUGCAGGUGGUUUUGCAAUCAAGGUCGAAGUCGAAUGCCAAUCCUUUGAAGAAGCAGAUGAGGCGAUUGCCGCGGGCGCUGAUAUCGUCAUGUUGGACAACUUUACUCCUGAGGGGGUCCAAGUUGCUGCUAAGGACUUGAAAGAUAAAUGGGGGCGUGGUGUUGGUGAUAGGAAGCAGUUUCUUGUCGAGGUCAGCGGGGGUUUGACGGAGCAUAAUGUCGAAAAGUAUGUUUGUGGAGAUAUUGAUAUUGUGAGCACGAGCAGUAUACAUCAGGGAGUGCCGCAUGUAGACUUUUCGCUCAAGAUUGUGCCAAAGAGCAAGAAGAGUAGUUGA